AUGACGCGAGAGACCCCUGCCUUUGGCACAAGGCUUCUACCAACCCUGAUUGAUGACAUUGCCACGACUGCACCUGAUCGUGUCUACGCGUCGAUACCAAAAGAUGAUGCAGACUUAUCAAGAGGGUUCGGGAAUGUCACAUACGCCGAGUUUGCCCAAGCAAUCGACUCACUCGCAUGGUGGCUGGACGAGGUACUUGGUAAAGCCGAUGGUACAUUUCCGACCUUUGCAUACUUUGGACCCAGAGAUCUUGGAUACACUAUGGUGGUAGUAGCAGCAGCAAAAACCGGCAGACAAGUGCUGUUGGCUUCUCAUCUCGCAUCGCCAGAUGCCCAUUUAUUCCUUCUGGAGUCGUUGGAAUGCACUGCUGUGGUAUGUGCCUCUGAGAUGAACGAGUUAGCUCAGUCAUUGCAGGCCAAAUUCAAGAGUGCCAAGUACAUCAGCGCAGAAUCUCUGGUUAGCUUUCUGACUGGACCUGGGUACUCGUACAGACCUAAACGCUACGAGUAUCUGAAACCAUACUCAAAAGCACACUCGGAUCCUGUCAUGAUAGUGCACACAUCCGGAACCACAGGAAUGCCAAAGCCCGUCAUUUGGACUCACGAUAUGCUAGCGUCUGUGGAUAGAUUACACACUCUUCCAGGUAGUGUUGCAACACAGAUAGCAGGUCAAAGUAUUUACUGUGCACUGCCUGUGUUUCACACUUCUGGCAUGACUGCCAGUCUGCUUUCGCCUGUAUACCUCAGCACAAUCAUCAUCCUGGGACCUGCUGGAGUCCGACCAGACAAGAAGACUGUACUCGGGGUGCUACGAAAUGCGCCAGUCAGCGCGGCAUCAUUUCCACCCUCCCUCUUGGAAGAACUCAUCGCAGAUGCCACAUGUCGAAAAGCACUAAAGGAUCUCAAGAAGAUUGUGUUUGGAGGAGCACCACUGGCCGCCUGGGCAAAUCGUAUCGUAGCCACCGAGUUCAACGGCACAGUCUCAUCAGCACUCGGUAGCACAGAAGGAGGUCUCUGGCUGACAGGAGCCUCGCCUGAUCCUGCAGAUCAAGGCUACUUCAUGUUCCAUCCAUUCAUGGCUCCUGAAUUCCAGCACACAGACGCAGAUCUCUAUGAGCUUGUCAUAAAACGUACACCUCAAUCUGAAGCAUACACAAACUUCUUCCGAUGCAUCGACAGCACGCCAUUACAUCUGGCAGCACAUUUCGACUUGAACGGCAAGGACAAUAUUACAGAGUUUAGGACGAAGGAUCUAUUCUCACCGCAUCCCAGCAAGCCUGGGCUCUGGAGAUACAGAUGUCGAAAAGAUGACUUGGUGCUUCUUAGCGGUGAAGUCAAGAUGUACGCCGGUGCUAUUGAAGAAGCCAUCUCAGCGCAUCCGGCAGUAGUAGCCGUACUUGUGGGUGGCCAAUACCGUAGCAGGCCAUUCUUGUUAGUUGAGCCAUCCGCACCGAUCAGCACUGCCGAACAGGAAGAGGACUUUGUGAAUGACAUCUGGCCCACGGUGGAAGCAGAGAAUGAAAAGCAUCAUGAAUCUGCAAGACUACAAAGAGAAUUGAUGAUCAUAGUUGGUUUUGAGAAGAGGAUGACGAGAACGGCGAAAGGAAGCGUGGAUCGCAAAGUAACGUUGUCCGCAUUCGAAAGGGAUAUUGAAGAGGUCUACGAUUGCUGGUCAAGUAAGCUGUAG